CAGCUACAAAACAUUGUCCUAAUGUCAAUUGUUUGAAUAAUGUUCUAUUAUACAUUUAACAAACUUUGAUACGGUAGAUGUGAGUUAACUUAGUAAGAUAAAUUCAAUUAACAUUCUUCUGUCUAUAAAUAAUUGAACACCCACAUUCAUUCUCAAAAACAUAGAGAAAAACAAGAAACAAGAUGGAUGUUUUAUUAUCCUUCAACUCUAGCUCAAGCCUAAUCAACAUUUCAAAACCAUACAAACAUCAUCAUAAUCAUCAAAGACAACCUCGUACAAAACAGUUUUCAGUUACAUGCAGAUCCACAAAAAGUGAUGGAAACUUGUACAAGAUACUAUGUUUGAGUUCCAAUACAGCAACAACAACAGAUGAUAUAAAAAGAGCAUAUAGAACAAUGGCUCUUCAGUAUCAUCCUGAUGUUUGUCGUGAUGGUUUGAAGAAAGAGGAAUCAACCAAGAUGUUUGUACAAGUUAAUGAAGCUUAUAAGACGCUGUCGAAUCCAAAGCUUAAAGAAGAGUAUGAUUCAGAGUUGUUUGGUUUGGGUAAUUUGAGAACAAGUAAAUGGAUGGAACAAGUUGGUGAAUUGAAUAGAAAAUCUCAAACAGGUAAGAAUGGUGCAUCAUCAUCAUCAUGGGGUUCUAGAAUGAGGGCCAGGAAUACUAGUAACUAGUUUUUCACUAUGCUUGUGAUUAUUUCUCUUGUAUUGUUUUUCUUGUACAAUCAACGCUCCAAAUUUUUGUGAAAUUGAAAGUUACACCAA